UAUAAACAUGUUGGUCAGGUUUUUAAAAUGUUUCUUCGUAUCUGUUUACUACUGCAUGGUUUUCUAUCAAUUGCAUAUAGUGAAGUCUGUGUAGACUUUCAUUUUGGGAUAUCGCAUUAUGAAGUUACAUUUGUGGAAGCAGACUCCCAUUCCGAUUUUAAAACAUGGAACGAACUUAAAAAUACAUGUGAACAAUCAGGCUACCAACUUGUGAGCAUCACCACUUCACAUGAAAACGAUGCAAUCUUCAACUUCAUCCAAGAUAAUUGCACACGUGGAGACUACGCCAUUGGAUUAUCACGUGAGAUGAAAAUGCCUAGAAUGACUAAAAGUAGUUGGAAAUGGGAAUCCGGUGAUACUGCUACUGAGUUCUUUUGGGGCGGUAGCGGUUCUGAACCAAAUGUUAUAGAUAAUUCAUCCGCAGUUGUUUACAUGACGACCCUAAACAAUUUUGAACCUGGCAAAUGGUACGACAUCCAUAAAAACACGAAAAUAGGACUUUUAACUAGUAGUCCUGGAUAUGGUUAUAUUUGUGAAAAAUCAAUAACAACCACGCAGUUAUCCACUACUGCUGGUAGAACAACAAUACAGUCAUUUACCAGUCGUAUACUGCUGAAUUCCACUUAUCGUAGGCCUACAAUAAUAUCAACCACGGCAAUUAAUGAAGCCAACGAAAGAAGUGAUUUAAUGAUGAUCGUGAUUGUAUCAGCGUCACUCGUUGCAGCAAUUGUAGUCCUGAUUUUAAUUUAUAGGUGUGUAUGCCAAUACUUGUUAAACAUUACUUAGUUCCGGGUUCAAAGUAGAGAUCAUGAUUAAUAAUUAACUCAUUUAGUAUAUUCCUAAAGAUUCUGUUGUAAUUAUUUUACACUAAAGAGAAAGACAAAAUAAAGUUUU